AAAAGCCACUUUCUCUCUCUCUCUCCCCUCCAAUACGCUCCCCAACAAGUCCACCCUCUCUCUCUCCACUCACUCCCUCCCUUCCUCUAAAAUCCCCAAUUCCAAUUUCGAUUCCGAUCGAAGCGUCUUCAAUCCACAAAAAGGGAUAUGUGGCACCAAGUGCCUCGAGUUCUCCACAGCAGAGAUAAUAAGUAAAAGAAGACAAUGGGAGGCUGCUGCUGCUGUUCUUCCAAAGGAACGGAGCUAAAUGCUGCACCAACAUACUAUUACUUUCCAAGGACAUCGGAUGAGCAUGUUCCUUUAUCGUCUCGCCAAGGAGGUGCCUCUGCAGUCUCUACUGGGCUCCUAGUUGAUACAAAUUUGGAUACAUCAAUACCUGACACUUAUAGACCACCUCCUGCCCCUAUUCCAUAUGAUGUGGCUAUAGAGGAUCCUCAUACUCCACCAUCGGUGCAAGAGAUUUGUGGCAGCAAGAGUGAAUCAGCAUUGCAGACAGCAACAAAUUCUGAUUCUGUUCAAGAAGCAGUUGGUGGAAAUACCCGAGAAGUUUCACCCAAGUGUGAAGACCUGAAGGGUGCGGACUGCAAAGCCCAAACUGAUUCAGAACUUGAUCCGUUGAAGAAGUCAGAAGUUGAACUUGCGAAAUCAGUGGAAUCUAUUACUUUAACAAUGGAGGAAGAGGAUCUUUGUCCCACCUGUUUGGAAGAGUAUGAUCCACAAAAUCCAAAAAUUACCACAAAAUGCGAUCAUCAUUUUCACCUUGCUUGCAUUCUUGAAUGGAUGGAACGAAGUGACACAUGUCCUGUGUGUGAUCAGGAAAUGAUAUUUGAGCCUCCAAUCUAGUAUCAUCCAGCAAUUGAAGUCCAGUUCUCUCCAUUUUGAAGUAUGGUUUGAGAUGCCGAGGUUACAAAUGCACGAAGGUUUUUAUUUCCUCCUAUUCUGUGCUCACGGUUAGGUGCCAGUCACAGAUAUGGUUGGUUUUUGGUUUUGUUUGUGGAGCUAUGCUCGUUCAAAUGCAGUGCCCUCGUGCAUUUGAUUCCUUUCAACUCAAUGAUAAUGAAAAGGAAGAGGGGUUAGAGUUGACACUGGCAUGAAAUUAGUAUUGAACUCGAUUUUCUAUUUGUAGUGCAUACAUCUUAGAUCUUAGAGCAAAGUAUUAUGAAUGAUAGAAUGAAUGACAUGGGUUAAAAUAGUGACUGAAGACGGGGAUAGUAGUCAGAGUCGUUGUCCACAAUGGCAGGUUAGUUUCCAAACAAGAAAGGUGAACGCUUUGUUCUCUGUUUUUUCAGAGUAUAGUUUCUUCCUUGUUUUCUUGUGGUGAGCCUGGCCAUAUGUGUGCUGCUGAUUUUUGUUCUCUCCCUUGUCAUAUAAAUGGCAUCAAAUUACUGGUCCGUUUGCUGGUGGUGGGGUCGUUUAGUGUAAUGGAGGAUGGAAGGUGAUGGAAGGUUCAUAUUGGUUUUUCAGAUUAUUUAUGUAUAUAACGACGAGUUGGUGAUAGGUUUUGAUUGAGUUGAUCGGCAUGUAGAUUCGUGUUAUACAUGUUCAACGUUCUGUCUUUUAUUAAUACUAUACAUAUAUACAUAUAAGUUGCUUUUUUUGGGUCA